GUAAGAGAGAUGGAUAUGGAGGGUGGUAGGAUUGGUGGAUAUGAAAGUGGGAGAGAAAAUGACGGAGAGAAACUAAGCGAUGAUCAUGAGGUUCUGAAAAAGAUGAUUUCCAGUCAUCCUCUUUAUGGCCUUUUGAUUGAAUCUCACUUCAACUGUUUGAAGGUGGGGUUAGGCGAAUUUGGAGAGUUUGAUAUAACAGAUGCUGCAUGCAAGCAGAAGACAAUUUCUGAGUUCAAAACAGCCACAAACAAUCCAAGUUCUACAGAACUUGAUCACUUCAUGGAAGCAUAUUGCAUGGCACUGAGCAGCCUGAAAGAAGCCAUGGAAGAACCAACAAAAGAAACAAGAGCAUUCAUCAAUUCAAUGCACGUUGAGCUGAAGGAACUAUGCAACCCGAAUGAUCAUAAUGAUACUAAUAAUAAGCCACAAGAUGCUAUAGAGUGCAGCAGCAAGAAGAAUCUUUGACGAUGGUUCAUGUCAUUAAUUAGCGCAAAGAUAUGCUAUCACCACCACGCAAUCUCUCUCUCUGUGUCUGUGUCUGUGUCUGUGUCUCUGUCAGCAAGGAUAGUUAAUUUUGUGGGGCUGUCAGAAGGAUUGUAUUACAAUGUAGGUUUAUGAUAUCAACUUUUAAGAAGCUUAGAGAGCUAGCUGCUUCAAUAUCUCACUAUCUAGGGCAAUGAGCAUUAUGUGUUCUGCACUACCUUCUUUAUAUUUGU